UAGCAGCAGCAGCAGCAGCCGCACGGUGGAGGAGGAACCGAGGAACUGAGGGAGCUGAGAGCAGGGCUGGGCUUUUUCCCCUUCCAUAUGAGCGCAGCGUCUCCAGCUUGAAGAAUGCGGACAGGACUAGGAAAACUCCUGCUUUUACACGUGUUCCUCAUGGAGACUUUUUAUAGCAGAGGGAUUGAACCAGCUUGUGAGACGGGACAGUUCCGGUGUAAGAACGGCAGGUGUAUUCCUACACCGUGGCGGUGCGACGACGACGACGACUGCGCGGACAACAGCGACGAGGAGCACUGCCUGAAGACCACAUGUUCUACAACAGACUUUACCUGUAAGAAUGGGCAGUGUGUGCCAGGUCGCUGGAAGUGUGACGGAGAGCCUGAAUGUCUAGACGGAUCUGACGAGUCUGACUCUACAUGCAAUCAGCAGACAUGUCCACCUGAUAAGUUUGGUUGUGGAGGCACGACAAACAAAUGCGUGUCUCUUUCGUGGCGCUGUGACAGAGAGCUGGAUUGUGAAAACGGAGCGGACGAGGAACACUGCGCAGCCGAUGCGAAAGUUUGUCCAUCGAAAGAGUUCCUGUGUCGCAACGGCAUGUGCGUGGCCCCAGUAUUUGUCUGUGAUGGUGACGAUGACUGCGGAGACAACAGCGAUGAAGAGAAGUGCACAUUAGUCCCAGCCACCACAUGCAGCCCUCAGGACUUCCGCUGUAACAACUCGGAGUGUAUCCCGGCCCUGUGGAGCUGCGACGGCGACCCUGACUGCAGAGAUAAAUCAGACGAGGCGGCAGAGCGUUGCAACAGCAGGAACGAGCCGAAGAAGCCGGGCUGCGCAGCUGGAGAGUUCCGGUGUGGCAGCGGAGAGUGCAUCCAUCUCAACUGGAAAUGUGAUGGUGACCCAGACUGCAAGGACAAGUCCGAUGAGACAAACUGUCCCCUGCUCACCUGCAGACCGGAUCAGUUUCAGUGUGGUGACGGCUCCUGCAUUCAUGGCACUAAGCAGUGUAACCACGUGCACGAUUGUCCCGACUUCAGUGACGAAGCCGGCUGUAUCAACAAGACUACGAAAUGCGAAGGGCCGCUGAAGUUCAUGUGUAAUAACGGAGAGUGUAUUGACAGCAACAGGGUGUGUGACAGCAACAAGGACUGUAAAGACUGGUCGGACGAGCCUAUGAAGCAGUGUGGCCUCAACGAAUGUGCCAGUAACAAUGGCGGCUGCUCUCACAUAUGCAGGGAUCGGCAGAUAGGCUAUGAGUGUGAUUGUCCCUCAGGUUACACAUUGCUGGAUCAGAGGACUUGUGGAGACAUAGACGAAUGUGAGAAUCCAGACGCCUGCGGUCAAAUAUGUGUCAACUACAAAGGUGCCUACAAGUGUGAAUGCUACGAGGGUUAUGAAUUAGAUCCUGUUUCCAACACGUGCAAAGCUGUGGGUCAAAGUCCAUAUCUGAUGUUCACCAACCGUCAUGAGAUCCGGAGAAUUGACCUGGUGAGGAGGGACUACAAGCAGGUGGCACCAACCCUGAAAAACGCUGUGGCACUGGAUGUGGACGUCACGACAAACAAGAUGUACUGGUGUGACCUUUUCCAUCGCAAGAUCUUCAGCGCAUAUAUCAACAAAGCGAUUAACUCAUCUGAGCAGGUCACACUCAUCGAUUCAGCACUACAUUCCCCAGAAGGUAUCGCUGUCGAUUGGGUCCACAGUAACAUCUACUGGACUGAUUCUGGACACAAAUCCAUCUCCGUUGCUACUACUGACGGCAAAAAGAGAAAAGUGCUGGUUGACAGCGAUCUGAGUGAACCUCGGGCGAUUGCUCUUGAUCCCAGACAAGGGUUUAUGUACUGGUCAGACUGGGGGACACAAGCUAAAAUCGAGAAGGCUGGACUGAAUGGCGUGGACCGCCAGGUGCUGGUGUCAGAGAGAAUCGAAUGGCCUAAUGGAAUUACUUUAGAUUUGUCCAAUAGACGCCUGUACUGGGUAGACUCCAAACUGCACCACAUUUCCAGCGUGAAUCUGAACGGAGAUAAUCGAAGAGUUCUGCUCUCAUCUACAGAGCACCUGGGCCACCCGUUCGCCCUCACGCUGUUUGAGGAUCGUGUAUAUUGGACAGAUCUGGAGGAUGAGGCAAUCUACAGUGUGAACCGACUGACAGGGCAUGAUAUAUCCAUGCUGGCACAACACCUGAACAGCCCGCUGGACGUGGUGGUGUUCCAUGAGCUCCGGCAGCCCAAAGCACCAGACAGCUGUAAUAUGGGGAGUUUGCCCAACGGAGGUUGUGAGUACCUGUGCCUGAGAGCACCGCAGAUCACAGAGCACUCGCCCAAAUACACAUGCGCCUGUCCCGAUGAUGCUGAGCUCGGCCCAGACAUGCGCCGCUGUGUUGCAGUACCAAAGCAUAAAACUACAACGUCUCCUUCUACAACUGAGCCUUCUACACCCUCCACACCUUCAUCAGCCACUCCAACUACCACCAGUACAGCAUCAUCUACUCCAAGUGUAACCAGUGAUUUAAGCUCGACUGCUCCUUCUACCAAACACAGCACCACAGCAUUAUCUCCGCUCACCACAACAACUUCCCCCACCGUAUAUUCAACUCCAUCACCAUCAUUCACAACAAGCAGCGCUCAGAGCAGCACCACACCAUCAUUGCAACAACCUGUUUCUACCCAGAACACAACAGCCAGCAGCCAAACACCCAAAACUACCACUGUCUCUCAAAAAGCGGGACCAAAAAGUGGGGACAGCAACCAUUCACAUCGCGCAGCAAGCGGUCACUUCCUUCUAGGUAACAACAUCACCGUGGCAGUUCUGGGUGUCGUCAUCCCUAUAGUUCCUAUCCUUGCCACAGUGGUCCUCACCCUGGCGUGCACCGGAGGCUACCUGGUCUGGCGCAACUGGAGGCGGCGCAACACCAAGAGCAUGAACUUCGACAACCCGGUGUACCGCAAGACCACCGAGGAAGACGACGAUGAGAUCCACAUCGGACACAGCGAACAGAUCGGCCACAUCUACCCAGCUCGCGUGGCACUCAGUGUGGAAGAUGACGAAUUACCCUGAGGUUGUUUUCUCCUCCCCUCGCUCCCUCCAUCCCUGUGUCCAUCCAUCCACUUGUUUGGGGCCCUAGGUCUGGUGGGGAAACUGCAGCACUGCACAACAAGAGAGAGAGAGAGAAGGACACACACACACACACAAAAUACGUGCUCUCUGUGGUGUGGAUUUGUUCUUUAGAGGCUGUGUAGCUCCUCUCCCUGAUUAGAAACUAACACUAACCUGUAGGUCUUCAGGCUCCUCUCUGUAUUACUGCAUGUCCAGUGGGAGUGCUAAUAAUUAUUCCCCUUUAAUUAUGACUAACUUUAUACAGCGCUGCUUCAUUAGAUGAGAUUUUUGCUUUAAACUUGCAAAGUGUGUGGGCUGCGGGAGCAGAAGUGUGUGUGUGUGUGUGUGUGUGUGUGUGUGUGUGUGUGUGUGAGUGUGUGAGUGUGUGAGUGUGUGAGUGUGUGAGUGUGUGAGUGUGUGCGUAUGACAACACAGACUCUGGCUAAUCUGCUUGGUUAGCAUUGGACCAUUUUAAGAUGAAGACUGUUUUUGGAGAUGGUGAACAAAUAAUUCAUUCAACACUGCAACACUGCAAAUCUUUUCAUGCAACACCACAGUAUAUUAUGGGAUGUCUGCAGGCAGGUCCUACAUUAAAUUCGAAAGGAAGACAUAUAGAUAAGACAAAUGGCCAUGUGAUGUCUUGCAGCAGUCUUCUAGCAGCACAACAGCUGCAUUUAGAUAGAUGUCUUCCCUACGUAAUGGAUUCAGAGAGAGGGUAAAGGAUCUAAGGAUUUUUGUAUUUGAGGUUGGUUUUGUAAACGUGUCUUUAGAAAACCCAUAACAGAGCUUCCAUUAGCCAAAACAUGUCGCUCUUCCCAGUCUAAUCAUCAACAUACACAGACAAAAGUACACUUCCCUGGUCCUUUCUCCUAAAGCAUACUCUGCUCUCAAGGUGUCAUAUACACAAAGUGCUGGAAUUUCAAGUACAUGCGGCAUGCGUUAUGACACACCCAAUAGCCAAGUAAGUUUUUUUCUAAUCCGUUAUACCACAGCUCGGGUAAAUUGUCAAAUCAAAAGUUUUUUCUAUUGAUUUUUAUGUGAAUAUUUAUAUAUGAUAUAUGACUGUAACAAUAUUUUCUAAUAUGUUAAAUAUGGUACAGCUCAUGUACAGGAAAUGUGCGACUCUAAUUUUGCUCCACAUUAUCUAACCCUAAUGAAAAAAGCAUUGAAUUUAUGGGGGAAUUUUAAAUAAAUAAAAAAGUAAAAGAAUAGCUUUUAAUAGCAUAUUAUAGAAUGUCAGUGCUUUAUAAACUUUAGUAAUUUAGCUAGCACAUGAGUUAAUUUUGUUACUGUUACUUCACAGAUUUAAAUCUGAUCAAUAUAUACAAUUGUUUGCUUUGCUUUGUUUGCAAAAAAUUGUCUUCAUGUUUAAGUUAAAAUCUCUUAUGGAGAAACCAGAAAGUGCAAAAUCCAUUGUCAUUCCCAGAUGUUCUUUAACAUUAAUUGUAACUAUAAUAGUUAAAAAACAUAAAAUCUGGGUUAUAAAUGAAUCAAUUAAAAAAAAAAAAAAGGUUGGCAAGUCGCUGUGGUAUAGGAAUAUUAUAAAACACCUAGUCCAGUGCUUGAAUGGCCUUUGUUUUCUUUAACAGCAGCAGGAUAUUUCACUAUGUGAAUAUCACUUUACUUCUCUGUGUUUCCACUACCUCAUUCAAAACAUUCACUUCACUAGAAGGGUUAGUCACAUCAUCAGCACACAUGGCCAAGGAUACAUUUUCAUGGAUAUAACUUUCGACUCAAAAUAUCAAAGCUCAACAGAUAAAAAGGAAGAAGGGACGUCGAUUUGAGCGGAAAUGACCAGUCAAUAGAGUUCACAUUUCUUUUUCACAGAUUACAUUUAGCGUUACCUAUUACACAGCAUUGCUGAUCUUUUGUACCUGUAGCGUGUGUCUUUCACUUGGAAACAUAGAUAUUAUUUCAUUUAAGGUGCAUAAAUGCAGAGUAAAUCGUUUUUAAAAAGUAAAGUGAUAAAGGUACACAAUAUGCACAUUUUCUAAGCAAAAGACAUGCCUACAUACUUAACUUUUUACGAUACCACUCUAAAAACAAGGAAAGGCUUUUUUUUUUUUUUUUCUUAUUGUUGGUCGGGACAUAUAUUUUGCCCUCAGAGUAGAAACAUAACAGCAGAGCUUCAGUUUUACUGAGUAGUUCAGGUCAAGAGAAAGUUUAAUAGGAACUGAGAAUUUGUCACAAAAAGUCCAGCGUUUAUAUGUAUAUAUAUUUACUGUGUCAGAGCUCUUAUAGCAGGCCACCCAAGAUCUUCCACUCCAAGCCAUGUAAACCAUAUGUUCAUUAAAUUGUGUUAGAUUAGAUGGUGUUGUCAUGCUGGAACAUGUUUGGGUUUCCUAGUUCAAAUGAAGGGGAAGUUAAUGCUACAGCAUUCAGAGGUAUGUCAUGUUAUUUAAGGUCAUUUUUGAAAAUAAAUACCAUUUCUGAGGUUUUCAUUUAUGCUGUGUUUGUCUUAGAUCUCUGACGGAACAAAAAGAAUGAAAUAUUAUUUAACUGGUCAAACACACAUGCUCUUUAAUCAGAUUUUAAACCAUUGAUGACAUUGAAUUUUCUUUUUUUCCAAACUAAUAGGAGAUUUUUUUAUCAAAUUAAAUCAAAUUAUAAUCAUUUUAAAGUAGAAUUAUUUUAAAUACAACAUUGACAUUUGUAAGUAUUUUUUACCAGUUCACCCAUGUUUCAAAAUCAGAUAUGAUUCUGCUAAUGUCAUGUAUUCAGCAAAACCAUGUUAUAUGAUGUCUUUGCAUUGCAUAAACUUUUCUCUUUACUUGAACCAGGAAACCUAAACCUGUUGCAGGUCAAUGCCUCUGUGCACAAAGCUCUAUGGAGAUAUGCUUUACAUACGUUGGAGUGAAAUCUUAAGAUCUCUAAUGGUCUGCUUUUGAGCUCUGAUCUCAACCCUACUGAGCACCUUUGGGAUGACUGAACCCCAGGUCUCCUCACUAUAUACAUACGUAUAUGUAUGUGUGUGUGUGUGUGUGUG